UGUUAUGCCAAAACUCUAUACAUUUAAGGACCCUAAUUUCAAUCCUCUUUAGAAUUAUGUUGUAGAUAAAACUUUAGGAUAAGGAACCUUUGGAAAAGUGAAGUUGGGUAUUCACAAAUGCACAAAUGAGAAAGUAUUAACUCACUUCAAUUUACAAAGGUAGCAAUCAAGAUUUUAGAGAAAGAGAAAAUAGAAAAUGAGGCUGAUUAUGUGAGGAUUCAACGUGAAAUUCAUAUUCUACGUAAAAUACGUCAUCCAAAUAUCAUUUAAUUAUAUGAGGUAUGUGAAUAUGUUAUAAGAGAUUAUUGAAAGUGAAAUAAAAUUAUAUCUCAUAACUGAAUAUGCACCAGGAGGUGAGUUAUUUGAAUAUAUUGUUUCAAAAUCUCGACUUGAAGAGCGUGAGGCUGGUCGUAUAUUCUUUUAACUUCUCAAUGCUAUAGAAUACAUACAUCAAUUAGGUAUAGUUCAUAGAGAUCUCAAACCAGAAAACAUUCUUUUAGAUAUUAAUAAAUAAGUAAAAGUAGUUGAUUUUGGAUUAUCUAAUCUCUAUUAACCAAACUAAAAAUUACAUACUCCAUGUGGAAGUCCUUGUUAUGCUGCACCUGAAAUGGUUAGUGGUUUAUCAUAUGAAGGAUUAAAAACUGAUAUAUGGUCAUGUGGUAUAAUUUUAUAUGCAAUGAUUUGUGGGUAUAUUAUACUUAUUUUAAUUAUAGUUGUGUACCAUUCGAAGAUCAAAAUACUAAAUAAUUAUAUGAAAAGAUUAAACAUUCUGAUUACAAAUUACCUAAAAGUGUAUCUCCAUAAGCUGCUGAUCUCCUUAGAAAGAUUCUUCAAAAAGAUCCCUCAAAAAGAAUAACAAUCCCAGAAAUAAGAUAACAUGACUUUAUUCUUUUUGCUGGUAAAAUGACCAUUCCUGAAGGAGUAAACACUAAGUAUUAUCAUUAGAGUAUCUAGAUUGGAUAAUUUUAAAAUUGAUGUUGAUUACACUAUUCUUCAAUAGUUAUUAUAAUAUAACAUUUCAGAAGAAGAAGCUGUCUAAAUGAUCAAAAAUAAUAAACAUAAUUGUAUUUCUACUUGUUACUAUCUCAUUAAACUUAAGCAACAAAGAGAAAAAUAAAUUAAACCUGAUAAUAUCACUACAAAACCAAUUUCUAUUGAAAAAUAGAAUUUAUUUAAUAAAACUCAAUUAAUUGAACAACAAAAAUCUUCACCCUUAGUCAAAUAAAAAUUAUAUUCUUAACAAUAACCUACAUAACCUUAUAAUUAAGAUGUAUAACAAUAAAUAUUAUUGCAUCUCUUAUAAAAUCAAUAAUAAUAAUAAUUAAUAUAAUAAUAAUAAUUUAUAUAAUAAUAAACAUAACCAAAAGAAGUUAAAUAACCAUAAGUAUCUAAAGUAGCUGAAACUGGAGGAUCAUCAUCUAUGGAAAUGUUUUUAAAUAAAGCUUUUUCAGAUAGAAAUCAAAAUAAAUCAUAAACGUAUUAAUUUAUUAAUAAUAUUAAAUUAGAAAAGGUAAAACUAAAUCUUAAGAUCCUGUUCCUCAUAGAGAUAUUUCAGCUCCAAAAAAAACUAGCUUGCCUUCAAAAAAUUAAAAAUCUAUAUCCCAAAAACCUUCCAUUUAAUCAAAGGAUCAAUUAGCCUAAUUAUUAGCUGUUAAACAAUCAAAAUAUUUAGGCAAUACGUAUUAAUAUAUAUAUAUAUUUCUAUAGAGAUUCUACUACUUAUGUUAGACAUAAAAGCAACUUAAAAUUUAAGUAAGGUAGUACUGAAAGAUCAGAUCGCCAUAGUAGCAAUAGUUAGAGAUCUGAAAUCACUUAUUUAAAAAGAAGUGUUGAAAACAGAAGUAGCUAACAUAUUAAAAAUGAUCGCAAAACUAGAGUGAUUAGUACUUAUGCAUAUAAUGAUACUUAAAAACCUAUUUAAACUUAACCAAAUGAAAGAAUUAAUGUAAUUAUUAAAAGAUAACAAAUUUUAGACUGAUCUAAGUAAAGAACAAUCAAAUGUUCUUCAAUCUUAGUAAUAGAGAUUAACACAUAUGGAUAAUUUGGCUUUAGGGAUUCAAAUCUAUAAACACAAUAUUCAGAAUAGAUUUCUAAUUAAAUAAUAGUAAAAAAGAAAAAGUAAAUAAUAAUAAUGA